GGCGUGCUCUUUUGUUGGGCGCGUUGGGUCCUCAUAGGCCCGCUUUUCUACCCCCGCCCCUCUCCCCAUCUUGGAGCGCUCAGUCUUCUCGCCUCCACUGAACCGGGGGGAGACCGUCGUCAAAAGAACGGCACGAUAACAACUCAGGCGCCCCAUGGAUUCCUCCUACGCAUCGUUCCAUCUCCCAGCGUCGUUAGAGGCCUGCAGGAUAGGGUCCCUACCGCCGGCGGCAUACUACAUCGCGGAUUUCAUUAGCGAGCAAGAAGCGGAAACAAUCCUGCGCAAGGUAGCUCAGAGACCCGGCACGCUGCACCCUAGGGCCCCCAGUACCUUCUAACAAGGACGUCGCGAAGGUUGAAACGGCACCCAAGGCGAGAUGGAGACAACUUACGCAUCGUCGGCUACAGACAUGGCCCUCGGAUCUGGUUAAAGACACUCUCGUCGACGCCCGGCCGCUCCCGGACUGGC